CGCGGAGCACGCAGGCGCGCGCGGGGCAGGCACGGCGGCGGAAGUGAAGGCACGGCUCGGCCAAGCCGUCUAGGAAGCCGCGGCGGGUCGCCCAGCGGGGGCAGUCGGAGCCCCGCCAGACCGUCGGGAUUCAGCUCCCGUUGCCGGCGCAAUGCCUCUGUUCACUGCCAACCCAUUCGAGCAAGAUGUGGAAAAAGCCACAAACGAGUACAACACCACCGAAGACUGGAGUCUGAUCAUGGACAUCUGUGACAGGGUUGGAAGCACUCCCAAUGGAGCAAAGGAUUGCCUAAAAGCCAUAAUGAAAAGGGUAAACCAUAAGGUCCCUCAUGUUGCUCUGCAGGCAUUAACUCUUCUUGGAGCUUGUGUGGCAAACUGUGGAAAGAUAUUUCAUUUAGAAGUAUGUUCCCGUGAUUUUGCAACAGAAGUACGUGCUGUGAUAAAAAAUAAGGCUCAUCCUAAAGUAUGUGAAAAACUAAAAUCUCUUAUGGUAGAAUGGUCAGAAGAAUUCCAGAAGGACCCCCAGUUUAGUCUGAUAUCUGCAACUAUUAAGGCUAUGAAAGAAGAAGGAGUUACUUUUCCUUCAGCAGGUUCCCAGACUGUCUCGGCUGCUGCCAAAAACGGGGCAUCACUGAACAAAAACAAAGAAGACGAGGACAUAGCUAAAGCUAUUGAGUUAUCAUUGCAAGAGCAGAAGCAGCAGUACCCGGAGACGAAGGCCCUGUGUCCACCUGCAGAGAGCCAGUUGAGUAAUAAGGUUGCACGGAGAGUUAGAGCUCUGUACGACUUUGAGGCUGUUGAGGACAACGAGCUCACCUUUAAACAUGGCGAGAUUAUUACUGUCUUGGAUGACAGUGAUGCCAACUGGUGGGAAGGAGAAAAUCACAGAGGAGCAGGACUCUUCCCCUCCAGCUUCGUAACGACUGAUUUAAGCACCGAGGUUGAGGCGGCAACAGUGGACAAAUCGAAUGUAAUUGAUGACGAUGUGGAGGAAAUUAAGAAGUCGGAACCUGAGCCUGUUUAUAUAGAUGAGGGUAAAAUGGAUAGAGCCCUGCAGAUUCUCCAGAGCAUAGAUCCAAAAGAUUCAAAACCCGACUCCCAAGACCUCUUAGACUUGGAAGAUAUUUGCCAACAGAUGGGUCCAAUGAUAGAUGAAAAACUUGAAGAAAUUGAUAGGAGGCACUCAGAGCUGUCGGAGCUGAACGUAAAGGUGCUGGAGGCCCUGGAGCUGUACAACAAAUUGGUCAACGAAGCGCCCAUGUACUCGGUUUAUUCGAAGCUCCACCCGGCUCCUUACUCAGCCACAGCAGCUGGGGUUCCAGUGCAGACAUACCCAGUCCAGUCACAUGGUGGGAACUACCUGGGUCAUGGCAUUCACCAAGUACCUGUUGCCCAGAGCUAUAACCUAGGACCUGAUCCUAUGGGCUCAUCGAGGUCUCUGCCUCCAAAUAUGAACUCAGUAACAGCACACACCAUCCAACCUCCAUAUUUAAGCACUGGACAGGACGCUGUCUCCAACCCUUCUUACAUGACCCAGAGCUCUCAUCUUCAGGCGGCUGCUGGGACAGCUGCUUACACACCAGCCAUGGGGGUGUCUGCAGACCUGUCCUCUUUCCAGAACACAGCAUCCGGUUUGCCUCAGCUGGCUGGCUUUCCAGUGGCAGUUCCUGUACCUCCAGCCGCACAGCCACAAGCAAGUUACCACCAGCAGCCACUCCUUUAGAGACACACCAGGACCUGCUGAACGGCCUCGUGGGUGUGCCACUUAACCCAGGGGAUUCUAAUCUGAAAUAUUAAAAGUUUCCCCUCUCAGUCAAAAAGAACCAUGAGUAAAUAAAGCACAAAACCCCACCUUACCCUGAAGGCCAUAAAAGGGUUUCUUUUCCAGUCCAGUUUGCUUGAAGCUGAUGUUUUGGUCAAAGGCAGCUUGGAUGUUCUUAGUCUGGUUAUGACACUACAUGGUAUGAGGCAGGAGUGUGGAAUUUUAUCUUUAAAGAAACUGUUGUUUCCUCUAAGAUGUGAUAUUGAGGAGCACUGAAGACCUUUAAACAUUUUUUGUCUGCACUCCCCCCCCUGAAUUUCCCACACCUGUUAUUUUAAAAGGCGAACAUCAUCUUUUAGUGCAAGCCUUUAGCUUGCCAGCGUGUUUCCUGUUGGCUCCUUAAAUUACAGUUGUGUCAGUAGCACUGUCAGCUUUGCUCUCAGUGCAGUGCUCAGUAGUAAUUAGCAUAUACUUGUCUACAGAAGCAAGAACAAUUGGGAAGGUACAAAAAAUGUUUUCUGUUAUUAACAGUGAAAACCAUGUAAAUGCAAACAUUGUGAAGCAGUCAGCCAGUCCUCUGACAGCCGAGGGCCAAGGAACGCCCAUGAGAUGUUAGCCUUCCCAGGAAGGGCACUUUCUCACACUAGUGCCCCUGGUAUUGAGAAUUGCGUUCUAGUGACUUUGGCGAAUGUCUAAUGAAGGUGCUGUCCUUUGGAUUUCCUGCUUGCCACAGAUGCAGACCCUGCACUUCCUUCUUAGGAAUUCUCAGUGAAUUUGAGCCAGACACACUCCCCAUACUCUGGUGUGAUAGAAACCAUCAUGGGUUUUAAGUGUGAGGUGGGCGUUACUUUCUUACAGAAGUGAUUGACAUUCGUGAAGGAAUUGUGCAUCCCUCAGAGGUAGUCCUGAGCUUUGCUGAGACAGCAGGCAGCGGUCUGGUGGACACACAGGCUGACAGGACAGCGGUCAGGCUGCUUUUCUGAAGCUCAUGUUUGAAAUGAGUCCGUAGUACAAGAUCCCACAUCCUGUGAGAAUUGGUGGUAAACCCAUAGGGAUUUUCUCUUAAAACUUUGCACACUACUUUCUUGUACCAACUUUUUACACAAUACAAACUAGAAAACAGAUGCACAUGCCAUAAUAUUUACACUAGGAAAUAUUCUAAACUUAAUUUUUUUAAAUUUUUAAAUUUUUUGCGUGAAUGCACUUCUAUAUAUAUUUUUAAGCCCUUAACCUCUAUUAAAAAUCCAUUGGGAGACAAUUUGGAAAUGUUUGUCAUUUAUCUACUUACAGAUAUUUGAUUAUAAGUGUGUUAUUUUUUCAAAGAAACUUCAUUCUAGAACCUACCACUGCAUAAAAUUGCCAGCACGGAAGCGAGAGCAAGCAGUCCAUGCAAGGCUGUGUUUUGAGAGUGUCUGGUUUUCAGAUCCAGGACACUGGAAGAUUUCCCAGUCUUCAGCACUCAGGUUGUUUUCCUACAGCCUUUUCCUUUCAGCUGAACCCACUGAAGGACCUAGAAGAAGACUGCAACCCGGACCCUGCUGUUGGAGAGCAACCAUCUGCUCUUGAAAAAUUAAGUGAAUAAACGUAAAAGUCCAGAGCUGCUCUUGAUAACGUUCGCGUAGAUAAACUUGUCCUUCCUUCCCUUCCGAACUGUGUUUAAUAAGCUCUUUUAGUGUUUGUGCAUUUCAUGUUCAGUUGCCUGAACUGUAAAGGCCUUGGUCAGCGUAAAUACCGUGUGCUCGGUGAGUGGGGAGCAGCCAGUAAAGCUCAGAUUUUGGAAUAGUAAAACACGCCACGCGCCCUGUAUAUAAGGAGUAUAUAUUGGUGUCUGUGAAGUGUAAUAUAUGCAGAAGUUUCUCCCUCCUACAUUUUAUUUUUUCCAUUCAUAAAUUUGUGUUGCAGAGUUAUUGAUAGCCUAAAAAUGAUAGUAAAUCUGUAUUGAUCUGAUUUCAGUAUUAAUACGAAAUGUAAAGAUAUAUUUUUUCCCAUGAUCCUAUUGAACUGUACUUAUUUUAAGAUGUUUGUAGCUAUUUAUUUUCUGCCAAAGGAACAGUCUAUCUUCAGAUUUCUACAUUGGGUUCAUAUUUAGUGUUUUCUAACAAUUUUUAAAUUUCAUUUUUCAUAAUCUUGAUAUAUUAGAAAAUUCCUCAAAAUAUAUAGAAGAAUUUUAUAGUAUAAAACAUUUUCUUGGGUGUUAAGUGGAGUAUAUUUGAAAAGUCAACAGUUAGCCGAUGUUGUCUUUUCAUUUGAUAAUUUGCUUAUAAAAUUACACAUUCUCUCUUUGCUUUGCACUUAAAUAUGUGAUUCUAUUAUGCUAUUUCAAGUACUUGAUAUUUGAAUAAUGAUUUUACUGUAUAUUGAAGACAAUAAUAAAGUUUCAUCCACAUUUUGAAAA